AUGGACGACCUCGCCAACCUCGCCACCACCAUCGGCGACCGCUUCACCACCAACCUCAAGUCCACCCUCGACAACAUGUCCCCCCAAAAAUGGAUCCGAGUCAUCAUCGUAGCCGGCGCCUACCUCCUCCUCCGCCCUUACCUGAUGAAACUCGGCGGCCGCGCCCAAAUGGCCUCCUACGAAGACGAGCACGCAGCGACAGAAGCCGAGUUCGCCGCCAAGGCCAAGGCCAAAAUCUCCCCCAACGAGCUCCGGGGCAAAGUCCAGAUACCCGAGGACACAGACUCUGAAGGUGAAGACGCAGAGGGCGGGUCAACUGCCGCUGACUGGGGCAAAAAGGCGAGGAGGAGACAGAGGGAUAUGAUCAAGAAGCUGCUGGAGGCUGAAGAAAGAAGAUUGCAGGAGAGUAAAGAGGAGGAGGAGGAUAAGGACAUUGAGGAGUUUCUGAUCAAGGAUUAA